CACAAUGAGCUUCGAGCACCGUGACCGGAUGCUCGAGGGCAUUGGCUGGAAGGCUCGUGGAGAUCGCAUUCCCGAGUUUCCGAAUCCACGGCCUUUUUUCCCAAGGCUCAAGCAUUCGAUUAAGCUGAUUCCGCUUUUUGUGAGAGUCGCUUUGCACACUUUUGUGGAGUGGUGGAACGGUCGAGAAGCUUUCAUAGACAUUUUUAACGUUUUCAGGCAUUUUACGUAUACUGGUGUCCCACUGGGUGGAAUCGGAUGCGGCUCAAUUGGAACCGAUUUUCGUGGCGGGUUCAACCGUUUCUCAAUCAUUCCCGGAAUCAAGGAACAGACGGAAACUCAAAAGUGCAAUCAGUUCAUCGUAACGGUGCACUCGAAAAAGACGUUUGAGCUCAUCUACCAAUCGAUUCUCUCGUGUGCCGAGUUUCCAGCGACCGUACUUCCAAAAUGGGAUACCACCAUUCCAGCGGAAGACGUCAGAUAUCGAGGCCUAUUUCCACGGGCUUGGCAGGAAUUCCGGCUGGGCUCAUCGGGAGUUACAGUUGUAGUGGAGCACUUGUCGCCGGUGAUUCCCGGCGACUAUUCAGACUCAUCACUUCCGCUGGCCAAUUUUGAAUUCCACGUGUUUAAUGAUUCGUAUGAGGAGGUGGAGGUGUCGAUCACAAUGUCGUUUAGGAAUGGAACAGGGAAUAGGAAAUGGAACGAUGAGAACCUUUGCCAAAGCCAGAAAAUCCAGAAAGACACGAUGGUAGUCAGAACCCUGGCUCACACCGUAAAAGGAAUGCCAGUGACUUAUGCAAUCGGUACGGAAGAGAAGAAUGGUUCCAAGGUUACCACGUGCCUUUUUGACCCAAAUGGUACCGGAGGUCGGUUGUGGAGUGAUUUGGAAGCCUAUGGGCACCUUUCUUCCUACGACCAUCUUCCAUCAAAACCUAAAGAACUCGGAAUCGCAGUUUGCUCAUCAUUCUUCGUCCCACCGGAUGGGGCCCACAACACCCAGUUCUCACUCACUUGGUACAUGCCGCAAGUGCAUUUCGGAACUGCUGAGCGAUUUUAUAAUCGAAGAUACUGUAGAUUUUUCAACGGGCCCGACGCCGACGAGGUAACCGCCGCCAUCUGCCGGCACGGGCUGCAGAACUUUUCCACGUGGCAGAAGAAGAUAGAGGACUGGCAGGCACCGGUGCUUAAUGACCAGAAGCUCCCGGAAUGGUACAAAAGUGCAAUUUUUAACGAGCUCUACUAUAUUGUCGACGGAAGUACGGUUUGGUUUGAAUACGACCCGGAUUGGAAAACCGAGGAGAGUUUGAUGAGCGAGCAGACGGAGAAGCAGUUCAAGGAGUACGGUAGAUUUGGAUACAUGGAAUCAUGGGAAUAUUUCAUGAUAAACACUUAUGAUGUGCAUUUCUACUCGAGUUGGGCGAUUUUAAAGAACUGGCCUCAAAUUGAAAUGUCCAUGCAGUUGGAUUUUGCCGACCAAAUGGACCGUGUGGACAACAACAUUGCAACUUCACUAGCUGACGGCGAGCAAAUGACAAUCAAAAGCGUUGACCGAAUCCCCCACGAUAUGGGGCAUCCAAUGGCCGACCCGUGGAUCCAUACGAAUGCGUACAUUCUUCAUGACACUGGACGAUGGAAGGAUUUGAACUUGAAGUUUGUGAUAAGUUGUUAUCGGGACUGGAAGCUAAUUGAGUUGGGCUCCGAGAAGGGCCAAGUCUUAGAGUUUUUCCUUGGGAAGUGUACCAAGAUUGUGGACGGGGCGUUGGAGUGCUGGGAUAAAGACAAUGACGGAAUGAUUGAGAACGACGGGUUUGCCGAUCAGACGUAUGAUGUUUGGAAGAUGACAGGCACAAGCGCCUACUGUGGAUCCUUAUGGAUCGCGGCGCUCUCCUCCUACAUCGAAAUGCUCAAACAAUCUGGGCUUCCCACAAAACACUACGAGGAGAAGCUCGAAAUGGCCUAUGACGCGUACAUCGGGAAGCUGUGGAACGGGACAUUUUUCAAGUUUGACGAGCUCCCGGAAAACUCGAAGAUCGUGAUGGCCGAUCAGUUGUGUGGAUUCUGGGCGAUGACGGCAAUGGAUGAGCCUGUUCAGAUAUCCAAGGACAAGAUGAAGUCGGCGCUGGACACGAUUUUCAAGUACAACGUUCAAAUGUAUAAUAAUGGAAGAUGUGGAGCUGUGAAUGGGUAUUUAACCAGCGAACGCGUCGACGGAUCCAGCAUUCAGAGUGAAGAAGUAUGGGCUGGCAUCACUUAUGCACUCUCCGCGAUGAUGAUUGAAAAAGGCAUGGAUGAGCAAGCAUUCAAAACUUCUGAAGGGCUCUUCGAAUCCAUUUGGCACCGCUUUCCACUUCAGUAUCAGACUCCAGAAGCCAUCACCUCCGACGGAAUGUACAGAGCCUUGGGCUACAUGCGCCCUUUGUCAAUUUGGGCGAUUCAACACGCGCUGGACAGGCGUUACAGGGAAUAAAAUGAAUAGCUGCACAAUUUUUGUAUUUACCGUAUUUCUUCUAUUAGUAUGGCCUCCCUAUUAGACUUGCACUCCCUAUUAGUAUUGCUCCUUGAACACCCUCCGAAAAUUAGUAUUGCACUCCCUAUGAGUGUUGCACUCCCUAAUAGUCUUGCAUCUACUUUUUUUUUGGUACAAACCCACCCUACUAAUUUUGAGAUUUGAACAACAUUUUUUGCCUACUUUGCAACAAUUUUGGUAAAAUUUCUAUGAAAUUGAAGUUAUUGUACCUUUUUGUUGCAAUUACAAUCAAAUUUUCUGAAUUUUCACAUAAGAUUCGAGUUUUUUCUGGAAAAAAACUAGUAAGCUCAAAGUCAGAAAAUGUUCUGAACAUUAGUAUUGCACUCCCUAAUAGUCUUGCACUCCCUAUUAGUAUUGCAAGCGGGAAGACCAUCGAAAAAUAGUAUUGCAGCCAUAUUAAUAGAAGAAAUACGGUAUACGCUUUUUUUAUUUGUAAAUUUCAAGUCAACCAAUAAAUCCAUCUUUUAAAAA